UGUGCACCCGCCACAAUGCACCCGAUGCCUGUGUGCUCCGUUAGCGGCGGAGACAUAUUUGACUGUAUACAGAGAGGAAAUAUCGAGCAGUGUAUACACUUCCUUCAAAAUGAUCGCUCAGUUCUCAAGCAAAAAGGAAACCUAACCCUGCAGCAACUCCUCUGUGAGAUGGGCUGGCACAGAUCUAGAUGGACAGAUCCUGUGACAACACAGCACAAAGUCACAGUCCUUUUGUGCCAAAUGGAACCCUAACUGCAACUCCAGGGGCUUUAAAGAUCAACAGACUGACAGGCUGUCCAUUUACAUCAGGCUUACGUUGUUAGUCACAGAUCCUGCAGUUUGAAGGUGUGCAUCUUCAAACCCGAUGUCUUUGUCACCCAGGCUGGGGUGGUUUCACCCCGCUCCACUACGCUGCCCUGCACGGCAACCGCGCCCUGGUUGAUCUUUUCCUUAGUAAUGGAGCUGACCCUAAUGUGGCAUGUGAUGCGGGACAGACAGCCUUUCAUUUUGGCUGCAGGCAGGGGAACAUCUAUAUUAUGCACCAAAUGAUGCAGUAUGGAGCCGAUUUGCGCCUCAUAGACCUGCAGGGAAAAACAUCACUGCAUCAUGCAGUCACUGGGGGCAACAUCGUUGCGGUGCACUAUUUGUGGGAGACAGGAAUGUUUCGGUUCUCGGACACAGACAUGUACCAGGUGACACCACUUCACCUGGCUGCGUCCACAGGCAACACAGAGGUGGUCCGGUAUUUGCUCAGAGACCAGAGAUGUGCUGUGGAUGCAGUUGACCAGCAGGGAGCGACAGCGCUUCAUGUUGCAGCAGAGAGGGGCGGAGUGGAGGUGUGCUGGACACUGCUGCAGAUAACGCGGUGCAGGAUGCUUCAUGAGAAGAACCACAGCGGCCUCACGCCACUCGACCUCUGCAAACAGGGGAAAACAUUUAGACAUCAGCAACUCACCAAGCUACUGAGUCGGUACAUUAAUGAACCAAUACACCACAAGCCCAGAGAGUCUCAUGUUCUCUAUUACUGGACCCUGUUUUUUCCAACCCUGAGUGGAGCUGCCAUCUUGCUGAUAGCAGCCAUGUUGGGAGGCUAUGGUGGGAUAAUCUGUGGUUUGCUUUUCCCCUGGCUGGCCAGAAGUAUCUUCACACAGUACCAUCGCAUGACCACGUACCAAAGGCUACCCAACCCAAUCUACCUGGGAACCCUUAUUGCUGGCUUGUUCCAUUCCCUGCUCUGCUUCUAUGGAAGAAUAAUGCCUAGUGUGUGGCCAACCAGUACUCUGAUCCAGGUGUCAAUGAUCCACUUCUCCUUAGUCCUCGCUUUGUUUUGUAAGGUUCUGACUCAGGACCCAGGAACACUGGACAGAGCAGAUGCAGAUCCGAGAUUCUCCUGUAUUGCUGACCUGGUGGAGAACAAUCAGAGCCCUCACAGGUUCUGUCCAUACUGUGAGUUGUUUCCCCCCGACUAUACUAAACACUGCAAGCUGUGCGAUGUGUGCAUUAAGGACUAUGACCACCACUGCCUUUUCCUCAACCGGUGCAUCGGCCGGGGUAACCACCGCCUCUUCCUCUUGUUCAUCAUCUCCAUGGUGGUUGCCCAUGUUCUUUUUGUUGCCACGUCAACAAGUUUCCUGCUAGACAAGAUGCCUGCGGGCGGCCGCAGCUUGUCGUCAUGGCUCGCUUUGUUAGGGGAGGAGUUCUGGGUUGUGGUUCUGAUGAGCAUGAACGCACUGACGCUACUUUGGGAGGUGUGGUUACUGACCGAGCAGUUUGAUGCCAUCGCCACUGGCACGACCACCUACUUCAGACAGUGUGAAAGCUCGGCACGACAGAGGUCACUGGGACAACGCUGGGUCAUAGUGCUGUCAUUUCUGUUGGAGGGUCGAAGACGGUUGGGCAGCGGACAGACAAGAGAAGACAAAACUGCUAUAGACAUUUAAAAGCUGUCAGUUUUUAAAUGUCUGUCUUCUGCCCAGCGGUCCAGAUGUUGAUUCAUCAUCGGCCACUUACAAAAGUACAGUCUCAGUUUACAGAGUCUUCGGUGUGCACUCACCUUUGUGAGAAUGUCCUCUUCAGAUUCAGCAGCUCUUUAAUGCCAUGUAACAUGUUGUACUUGAAUUUUAAAAAGUGGUCAUGUCCUUAUAUUCUAUUUUAAUAGGCAGCAGACCAUAGAAUAGAUGCAUCUAGCGCUAAGAGUUAAGAUGUUCCUCUAGUUUUUAGAGACCUCACUGAAUACUGAUUAACUUGUUUGGUAUUGUUCUGUGUGAAGCACUGGAUAUUUCCUACACUGUGUUUUAGCAGGGAAACCGAAUGAGUGCUCGCAUCAUACACCAGCCUACUUUUUUAAUGCCGCUGUCAUUGUUGUUUUAAAUAAAAGUGUCUCAUUGUGUAAAGCCCAGUUCAAGGUUUGUGUACUCGUAGCAUUAUCAAGUCCUGUGAUUAGCUAGCGAUAAUGGUUAAUAGCGGAGGCACUGACAGUCUUUGUUCCUAACAUAAUGUCAUUACCUCUCUGACCUGCUCCCCGUCAUUUGGGCCGUAGUACUUCCUCUGCUCUCACUAAUGAGACAUGUUCUUUUCAUGCCUUCAAUUGAACACACUCAUUUCCUAUACGUCCCUCAGGACCAUAUUUCUAGAUUAUAAAUGAUGUUCCCCACACCCUUCUGAGGCUGGUGUGUCUGGGCUGUGAGUGUCUAAGUCACAUGAUGUUAUUUGGUGUCUGCUGUAUUGCCUGUUAUGAAUAUUGCAGUGGUUAAGGCAAGAGUAAUUUUACCGUGUUUCUCUGUCCCUGGAUCAGUGUUAUUGUAUUUAACUUGCGACCAUAUUUGUUAAUAUACCAAUAUAUUUUAUAUGGACUAAUGUGUUUUAUUUGUGGUGACAAAGUUUCUUUGGUUCUCAAGAUGAUGACAUGUUUUUCUGCUGUAAAUUAAAUAUGUUUCACAAGUUAAUGACAUCUGCCAUUUAUAAAAAAUAAACACUCUCUUUUGUCUCUCUGCAUAGCCAGAAAGAA